CUAAGUUGGGAUCAAUUACAAGGCUUUAUUACUACAGAGAAAAAGGAAAUCAGUUUUAAAAUUCUGAAUUGUUUGAUUAAAAUGGAGCCUAUGGGAGACGGGCUUUCUGUAAUUCGGAGCUUUCUGGAUAACCGGUUUCCGAAUAAGGGAUCCCAUAGCUGUACUGCCACUAUGCACAUAGCAUUUUCAAAACAUUAUCAGAACCCCCAGCCCAAUACUGUGCGCUGAUAAGCUCUAACGGGAAAGGCUGGUUAGCUGUAUCUUUGCUAUUAUAGCAGCGGCUCUGGGCACACAGCUCCCCUUUCAUGCACAGUGGCGGCAUCUUGGCGCCUAUUUGCCCAGAGGUCUCCAGUCAAUUCGGGUUCAGCCCCCCCCCUUUAUUUAUUAGGUAGCCCAGUCAGUGGGGCCCCCCAAUAGUGCCUGUAUAAUGGGGUGGGGGCGACUGGGCUACUGAUGUGGGGGACCAAUAAGUUCCGGCCAGCAGAGGAGCCUUGCGGGUUGCCCCGUCGGCCUUACACGGAGAGAGCGUUCGGAAGGGGCCAGGAUACUCCCAAAUAACCCAGCGCUGUUUGAGCCCCCCAAGGAGGCCGCUCCCAUAGCUUGUCAUUAUCAGCCCUAUCACUCCCUGCACUUGCUGUAACAUUGCGCUAUAGAAUGAGAGCCUGUAUCCGCCCCACAAGCAGCCCUAUUCCUCCCUAGAGCCCAGGCCCGGUGACAGAAGGGAUUCUCCGGGGGGGACUGUAGGGUUUGGCCGAGCAGUUAGAAUGGCGGGAAGUGUGGGAGGCAGGAAAGCCGCUCCAUGACAGGCUGUAGCGCUGCGCUGUACGGGUGGGAAACACAAGGCCGCUCACAAGCCGACUAUCCCGCACAUCCCCACCCAAGCUCUGUCACUGCGGCCGCACCAGUUGCCUUGGUUACCGCCGGUACGGGAGGAGGUUCCGGAAGUGACGUCAGGGUUCGCCCCGGUGGUGGACGUGCCGCUGCGCCGGAUCACGGGAGGAAGGGGGUGAGAGCCGAGGCGGGCAUGGAUCGCCCGAGAGACAGUAAUGGCAGGCCGCGGUGACGCAGUGCUCGCUGCUCGUCAUGCCAGGAAUUGUGGUUUUCCGCCGCCGCUGGUCUGUGGGCAGCGAUGAUUUGGUGCUGCCCGGAAUCUUCCUCUUCGUGCUGCAUAGUACCUGGUUUGUUAUCCUGUCUGUGGUUCUCUUUGGACUGACGUAUAACCCACACGAGACAUGCUCCCUCAACUUGGUAGAUCAUGGUCGGGGGUACCUGGGCAUCCUGCUCAGCUGCAUGAUUGCAGAAAUGGCCAUUAUCUGGCUGAGCAUGAGAGGGGGCAUCCUAUACACCGAGCCUCGGGACUCCAUGCAGUAUGUGCUCUACGUGCGCCUGGCGAUCCUGGUGAUUGAGUUCAUAUACGCAAUCGUGGGCAUUGUCUGGCUGGCUCAGUAUUACACGUCGUGCAAUGAUGUCACUGCCAAAAAUGUCACACUGGGGAUGGUGGUGUGUAACUGGGUGGUCAUACUCAGUGUGUGCAUCACAGUCCUCUGUGUGUUCGAUCCAACCGGAAGAACUUUCGUGAAGCUGAGGGCAACAAAAAGGAGACAGAGAAACCUGCGUACAUACAACCUGCGGCACCGACUAGAAGAAGGCCAGGCCAGCAGCUGGACACGGCGCCUGAAGGUGUUUCUGUGCUGCACGCGCACUAAAGACUCCCAGUCUGAUGCAUACUCUGAGAUCGCCUACUUAUUUGCUGAGUUUUUCAGAGAUCUUGACAUUGUUCCAUCAGACAUCAUUGCUGGACUGGUUCUACUGCGCCAGCGUCAAAGGGCAAAACGCAACGCUGUUCUCGAUGAGGCAAACAAUGACAUAUUGGCUUUUCUAUCUGGGAUGCCCGUCACCAGGAAAACAAAAUACCUAGACCUGAAAAAUGCACAAGAGAUGCAGCGGUACAAGGAGGUCUGUUACUACAUGCUCUUUGCGCUGGCAGCAUAUGGCUGGCCUAUGUACCUCAUUAGGAACCCAACCUGUGGCAUCUGCCGUUUGGCAGGGGCAUGCUCCAGUUGCUGCUGCCUUUGCUCAGCAAGGCCGCGCUUUGCCCCCGGGGUCACAAUUGAGGAGGAUAACUGCUGCGGCUGUAACGCCAUCGCCAUAAAACGCCACUUCUUAGACGAGAACAUGAACAUGGUGGACAUUGUGUAUACUUCAUGCCAUGAUGCUGUUUAUGAAACACCAUUCUUUGUUGCAGUUGAUCAUGAUAAGAAGAAAGUGGUGAUUAGCAUUCGAGGGACACUCUCUCCCAAGGAUGCCUUGACAGAUCUGACAGGAGAUGCGGAACGGUUGCCAGUGGAAGGGCAUCAUGGCACCUGGUUGGGACACAAGGGAAUGGUUCUGUCAGCUGAAUACAUUAAAAAGAAGCUGGAGCAAGAGAUGGUUCUUUCCCAAGCAUUUGGCCGUGACCUGGCACGUGGGACCAAACACUAUGAACUGAUUGUGGUUGGCCAUUCGCUUGGAGCUGGAACAGCUGCCAUCUUGUCCUUCCUGUUACGCCCGCAGUAUCCUUCCCUGAAGUGCUUUGCAUAUUCCCCACCUGGUGGCUUGUUAAGUGAGGAUGCGAUGGAAUAUUCUAAGGAAUUUGUUACCUCUGUGGUGCUUGGAAAGGAUCUAGUUCCAAGAAUCGGCCUCUCGCAGCUGGAGGGUUUUCGCAGGCACUUGCUUGAUGUUCUUCAGAGAAGCAACAAGCCUAAGUGGCGCAUCAUACUUGGCGGAACCAAAUGCAUACCUAAAUCAGAACUCCCGGAAGAGUCAGAGGCUAUAACGAUACCCAGUAAUCGCCUAUGGACGCACCCUAGUGACCUGACCAUAGCACUUUCAGCUAGCACACCCCUUUACCCACCGGGGCGUAUCAUUCAUGUGGUUCACAACCAUCCAGUUGAGCAAUGCUGUUUCUGGAAUCAGGAAGAACCCACCUACUUUGCCAUCUGGGGUGAUAAUAAGGCAUUUGAGGAGGUCAUAAUCUCUCCAGCCAUGUUGCAUGAACAUCUCCCACACGUGGUAAUGGAAGGACUGAACAAGGUCCUAGAGAAUUACAACAAGGGGAAAACCGCGCUGCUCUCCGCUGCCAAGGUCAUGGUGAGUCCAACGGAAGUGGAUCUGAACCCAGAGCUGAUUUUCCAACAGCAACCUCACCCGCCUCCCCCAAUCCUGGAGGUAAUUCCUGCCAUCAUGCCUGGAGCCCACAACAGGAGGAACAGCAGCACCAAGAGUAAGCAGUCAGACAUCAGCCUGGAAGGUUUCUAUGACUCUCGCCUUCUGUCACCAAUUCUAAAAGACCCAGUAGAGCUCCUUUUGAUGAGCACAAAAGAUUGCCUGGCUGUAUCUCUCCAAGAUCGCAGGGCACCUCUCGCCACCAUGGAGAGCCUCUCAGAUAAUGAAUCUGUUUACAGCUUUGAUUCACGGCGCUCUUCUGGUUUCCGCAGUAUACGAGGCUCACCGAGCCUGAGAGCAGUGUUGGAGCGCGAUGAGAGUCAUUGUUUCUUCAUUGACCCCACGAUCCCUGAGGAAAACCCCUCUUUGAGCUCACGGACAGAGCUUCUAGGAGCAGAUGCGCUCUCAAAGCAUUCGCAGGAGAGCCAGCCGACUGAGGUUGCUCACAAUAGUGGCAGAUCUUCACCAGGUGACCUGCCUCCUUGGGAUGAGGAGGCCUUAGCAGGAGUAGAGAGCAGCAGGGCUCUCACACCAGCUAAAGAAGAAUUGGCACUGCAGAAUGGGCGCUUGAAUGAGGUACCUAGUCCCCAGGUGCUGGAGUUUGCAGAAUUUAUAGACAGCCUUUUUAAUCUGGACAACAAAAGUGGUUCUCUGCAGGAUCUUUACCAUGUGAUGGUUUCAGAUGGUACAGACCGUGAUAUACCUAAGUCAGUUAGUGACCAGGAAAUCCUACUUCGGGCAAAGUUUGAACCUAAUCUGGUGCCCAAGCCCCCUCGCCUCUUUGCUGGCUCUGCAGAUCCAUCCUCUGGCAUUUCAGUGUCCGCCUCCUUCCCUCUCAGCUCCUCUGGGGAGCUCAUGGACUUAACGCCAACGGGUAUGAGCAGCCAGGAGUGCCUGACGCCAGACCCCAUCCGAACUCCAACGCCAACAGGAGCCAGUAACGGCAAAAAGGAAGAGUUGCUUAUUUCUGCUCUCUAGCCGAAUGCACAGGGAAUAAUGGACAGAGAAUUCUUGGUUUUCUAGGGGAACAGGUUUAGUAAGAGAAUUGCCAUUGGUAACCUGUGCUUGCCAAAAUUGCCAGGAAGUGUAAGGGAAUACGUUUACAGCAGCAGUCCUGCAUACUGCCAGUAUAGGAAGUGACAUGUCCGCUUGGAAGAACUGUGAGAGUAAUACAGUUCAGUCAGUUAUUGCCAUAGGUUACUUAGUGCGCAAAGUAAAAGGGAUUCUACGGCCUUCAAGAAGGUAACAAACCAAGGAAACAGACUGAGUUGCACUAAAUAGAUCCUGCCAUAGGAUAGGCUAGCAAACCCUGAUCUAGCCAUGGCAUCCCCCACCCCCGAAUAUCUAUGAAAUGUAGUGCAGCUUGUGAUUACGUGGGGGAACUGAGUAUUCUCACUACCGCCUUCCUCAAGAGGGGGCCAUGUUCCUACCUUCUGUGGAUUAAGGGGUAAACCUUUUCACCCUUUGCCUUCUUGACCCCCUUGUCUCUCAAAUCCACCCUGCAUCCCUACCUGAUCUCAGCAUGCUUCCUUAUGUGUGGGUUUACGUGUUGUUGGUUAGAAUACAUAAAUCAACAGUA